AUGUCCUGCCAAAUUGCUUCUUUCGAUGUUGCCCUAACCCCGACUAUUGUGCCGGAGAAUCAGGCUGCUAGCCAGUCGGCCCCCUUUCAUCCUUCAACAAUAACACUGCCCAAGGGCUUUAGGAAAAGCGAGAAAAAUGCUGCCUUCCCGGUGGAAACUCUCUUUGAACGAGAUGUGGCCGUUCCUAUGAGGGAUGGCACCAAGCUUUACUGUGAUAUCUUUCGGCCCACGGGCAAAACCAAUGUAACGGCAAUCCUGGUAUGGAGCCCGUAUGGUAAAGGUGGCAAUGGGCCACAUGGACUCCACAUGAUUGAAGGUCGAUUUGGGGUCCCCGAGGAAAGAUUAAGUGGCUAUGAAAAGUUUGAAGGAUUGGACCCAGCUGACUGGGUGGGACAUGAUUAUGCAAUUGUCAACUUUGACCUGCGUGGCUGUUGGAAUUCGGAAGGCGAUAUCCCGUGGCUAGGAUCCCAAGAUGGCCGCGAUGGAUACGAUGCAAUUGAAUACGUGGCGCAGCUAGAAUGGUGCAAUGGAAAGGUGGCACUUGCUGGCAACAGUUGGCUUGCCAUGUCCCAAUGGUUCAUUGCUGCAGAACAGCCUCCUCAUCUGGCCGCCUUUGCACCAUGGGAGGGAGCCAGUGACUUUUACCGAGACACUCUCGCUCGUGGAGGUGUACCCUAUCCCUACCAACGGUUCUGGAAAAUCCUAGAGUCGUCCAUGGUUGGAAGGGGCAAGGUGGAGGCAAUUACCAAAAUGUUGACCCAGUAUCCACUCUUCAAUGGGUACUGGGAGGACAAAGUAGCGAAGUUAGAGCGGGUGACCGCACCAUGUUAUGUGCUCGCUAGCUACUCAACCUCACUCCAUACCAGUGGCUCCAUUGGGGGAUUUAACUCCUUGGGGUCCAAGGAGAAAUGGCUACGAGUGCAUCCCAAGCAGGAAUGGUCUGAUCUCUAUUCGGAUGCAAGUACGAAAGAUCUACGCAGAUUUUUGGAUUUCUACACCAAAGAUGUCGGGAACGGAUGGCCCUCAACCCCCCGAGUCCGAGUUUCGUUGCUGCCUUUCAAUGACAGCCCGGUUGAGAACAUCGCAUUCAAUUCCUAUCCCGUGCCGCAAACUCGAUAUACCAAGCUAUUUCUCACUGGUUCUGGAGAGCUCUGUCUUGACCCACCGGUGAAUUCAUCUCAAUUGUCAUACCGGUCCGACCUCGUGCCUACCAAACCUGAUCACAAUCCUGAGGAGCUUCUUUUUAGCUACAAGUUCCAGAAUCCGACCUGGUUAGUAGGUUACAGCAAAGCUGUCCUUCAUAUCUCGGCGGAAAUUGCGCAAGAUCUGGACGUCUUUGUGCAGUUGCGAAAGAUGAACAACGAAGGCGAAUUGUUGCAACACUUGAAUGUUCCGCUUGAUAAACUUGUGCCACCAAAUUCCAGUGCCGAGGAGGUUCCCAAUAGCUGCUUCCUCAAAUAUCUUGGACCUACGGGUGUUCUUCGAGCCACCCACGCCGGCACUCUCAUUCCAUCAUCAGAUCCCCACGCUUGGCCAAGGUAUACCCACGAUCAGAAGGAAAAAGCCGUCAAACCAAAUCAGAUAUAUCGGCUUGAAGUACCCAUUUGGCCGUCUGGAAUGACGUUCGAGGCCGGAGAGUCCCUCGUGCUCAAGGUAGCAGGCCAUUACAUGAGCAUGAUGGAAUUUGAGUUCUUGAACCACCAACAAGACAUUGAGAAUGUUGGUCGUCAUACCCUUCAUUUGGGCAAUGCAGAAGCUAGUUAUCUCAUCGCCCCAUUCGUAGAGCCGAUUUAG